UACCUGGGCUCCUGAAGGGCGGGCAUUAGGUCGUAACUGCUCUGUCGGCGGACGCUUUCUCGGGCGACCAGGCUCGGUAACCACAAGCCGGCGGGGGCAUUCAUUACUUAGUGCCUACCGCACGGGUCGCUCUUUCUGCCACCUUCGCCGUCCCCACCUCUUUUUGCGUGAAGUCACCUUUGCGUUUCGAGACUUUGGGUCCUGAGGCCCAAACUCGAAACGAACCCCCACCACUCCUCUUUUCCACUCAUUCUCUGUCUCUUCCUUUGCACCACCACAUCAUUUAGCCUUUGAGCUGGCUAUCUAGGCUGUUCCUUGAGGCCAAAUUCAAGGCGGUUUAAGGUAACCGUGGGGGAAAAAGUACUGCGGUUUAGAAAGGACUGGAAAGGACUUGUUGCUUGAUGGAAGAAUCUGACGCUCAGAGAAAGAUGGAGAAAGAGAAUCUGGGGCCAAGAAUGGAUCCUCCCAUAGGGGAACCUGAAGGAUCGCUUGGGUGGGUGCUACCAAAUACAGCCAUGAAGAAAAAGGUGCUAUUGAUGGGUAAAAGUGGGUCUGGUAAGACCAGCAUGAGGUCUAUUAUCUUUGCAAAUUAUAUUGCCAGAGACACACGUCGCCUUGGUGCAACAAUACUAGACCGUUUACAUAGUCUUCAAAUUAAUAGCAGUUUGAGCACCUUCUCUCUCGUAGACUCUGUUGGAAAUACAAAGACAUUUGAUGUAGAACACUCUCAUGUUCGAUUUCUGGGAAACCUGGUAUUGAACUUGUGGGACUGUGGUGGACAGGACACCUUCAUGGAAAAUUACUUUACUAGCCAGCGAGACAACAUCUUCAGAAAUGUGGAGGUUCUGAUAUAUGUGUUUGAUGUGGAAAGCCGUGAAUUGGAAAAGGACAUGCACUAUUACCAAUCAUGCCUAGAGGCCAUUCUGCAGAAUUCACCAGAUGCUAAAAUCUUUUGCUUGGUACACAAAAUGGAUCUGGUACAGGAAGAUCAACGGGACCUGAUUUUUAAAGAGCGAGAAGAAGAUCUAAGGCGUUUGUCUCGCCCACUGGAAUGUUCUUGUUUCCGAACAUCUAUCUGGGAUGAAACUCUCUAUAAGGCUUGGUCCAGCAUUGUUUAUCAGCUGAUUCCCAAUGUUCAACAGCUGGAAAUGAACCUAAGGAAUUUUGCUGAAAUUAUUGAGGCUGAUGAAGUGCUUUUGUUUGAGAGAGCUACUUUUCUGGUGAUUUCUCACUAUCAGUGUAAAGAGCAGCGUGAUGCCCACAGAUUUGAGAAAAUCAGCAACAUUAUUAAGCAGUUUAAGCUGAGCUGCAGCAAGCUAGCUGCUUCUUUCCAGAGCAUGGAAGUCAGGAACUCUAAUUUUGCUGCUUUCAUUGAUAUCUUUACAUCCAACACUUAUGUGAUGGUCGUGAUGUCUGAUCCAUCCAUUCCUUCUGCAGCUACUCUGAUCAAUAUCCGCAAUGCCAGGAAACACUUUGAAAAGCUGGAGAGAGUGGAUGGACCAAAGCAGUGUCUCCUCAUGUGCUAAACAUUGCCAAAUGUGUUUCAAAAUUUUUUGAAAUACUGUUUCUUAAUCUUAAUGUUGUAUUCAUAUAUGUAGGUUCUGAAAUGUGAUGCUUACCAUUUGUGUAUUUCUUCCCUACUCUACAGUCUUAACAUUUAACCUUAAAUGCUAUUUACUAAAAUAGCCAGUGAGAAGUUAGACAAUGAGCUGUUCUUGGGUGUGAAGUGACAUAAAAGUAUAUGAUAAGUGUUCUGAUAACAAGGUUCUAAUAGUGUGUGUUCUGAUAACCUGGUUCAGUUGUGUAUGCCAUAGCCUUUUCCAACAUCAUCCUGUAUUCCUUAUUGGAUAGUAACCUAUAAGUUUGGAAUAUUACUAAUUUCUCAGCAUGCAUAAAAAUUUUUCCUUAACUUCAAUUGUAAAUAAACUUUGGAUGUUAGGGAUUUGA